GGCGGGAUCGCUGGGAGCCGGCGGGCGCGGGUGGCGGGCGCGGGGCUGCGCGGCGGCGGUGGGAGCUGCGCGCCCGGCCACGGGCUGCCGGCUGCCCCCGCCGCCUGCCUUUCUUCCUUCCUUCCUUUACUGCCUCCCUCCCUUCCCUUCCCCUCCUGCUCCCGCCCGGCCCGGCUCCGCUCGGCUCGGCGCUGUGAUUGGGCGGAAGAUGGCGCUGGGCGGAUGGAAAUCCUAAUGACAGUCUCCAAAAUCGCCUCCAUCUGUACCAUGGGCGCCAAUGCCUCAGCUUUGGAGAAAGAGAUUGGUCCGGAACAAUUUCCAGUCAAUGAGCACUAUUUUGGUUUGGUUAAUUUUGGGAAUACGUGCUACUGCAAUUCAGUUCUCCAGGCACUUUAUUUUUGUCGACCAUUUCGAGACAAAGUCUUAGCAUACAAGAGUCAGCCAAGAAAAAAAGAGAACCUCCUUACAUGCUUAGCUGAUCUCUUCCACAGUAUAGCCACCCAGAAGAAAAAAGUUGGAGUAAUACCUCCCAAGAAAUUUAUAACAAGAUUACGAAAAGAAAAUGAACUUUUUGAUAACUACAUGCAGCAGGAUGCACACGAGUUCCUAAACUACCUUUUGAAUACGAUUGCGGACAUCUUGCAAGAGGAGAGGAAGCAGGAGAAGCAGAACGGGCGCCUGCCCAACGGCAGCGUGGACAGCGAGAGCAGCAGCCCGCCUGACCCCACCUGGGUGCACGAGAUCUUUCAGGGAACAUUGACCAACGAAACCAGGUGUCUGACCUGUGAAACUGUAAGCAGCAAGGAUGAAGACUUCCUAGACCUUUCCGUUGAUGUGGAGCAGAAUACUUCAAUCACUCACUGUUUAAGGGGUUUCAGCAACACAGAAACUCUGUGCAGUGAGUACAAGUAUUACUGUGAAGAGUGUCGCAGUAAGCAAGAAGCGCAUAAAAGGAUGAAAGUAAAAAAGCUGCCUAUGAUUCUAGCUCUCCAUUUGAAGAGAUUUAAGUACAUGGAUCAGCUGCAUCGAUACACAAAACUCUCUUAUAGAGUAGUUUUUCCUUUAGAGCUUCGUUUAUUUAACACCUCAGGAGAUGCCACCAACCCUGACAGAAUGUAUGACCUUGUUGCUGUGGUAGUCCAUUGUGGAAGUGGCCCUAACAGAGGACAUUAUAUUGCAAUAGUGAAGAGUCAUGAUUUUUGGUUGCUUUUUGAUGAUGAUAUUGUUGAGAAAAUUGAUGCACAAGCUAUUGAAGAAUUCUACGGGUUGACAUCAGACAUCUCAAAGAACUCUGAGUCUGGUUACAUCCUCUUCUAUCAGUCUCGGGACUGAGGGGGAGCUGUAGUGAAGAGAGAUUUUUGUGUCUCACAUCUUCUCUUUCCUGGAAUGGAGCAAGCACUGAAGAGAAGGAAAGCAGGGAGCUCUAGGGGCAAUAGCACAGUUUGCACACAACUAAGAAAAGAGUUUGGGGUUCUUAAAACUUUUGUAUCGUUUUCAUUUUAUUUGCUCAGGUAUCAUGCUGACUACACAUCUCCACUGCAUCCCAUAAAAGCAAAAAGAGAGAUACCAGCCACUCUUGCAGGAGCUUUCCUUUGGGGAAUACCAUCUCUGUGGUCCUAGUUCAAAGCCUACUGAAGCCUUCCAUGGGCUUCAGUGGCCUUUGAAUCAGGUUCUCACUGCGCUGCCAGAUUGGUGCAGUUUAGGAGCCUUAGAAAUCUGUAUUUUAUACAGACUUUGUGUAUAAAAGGUAAAGGAUUCCCUGUGAAAUGAGUUUCUUGUGCUUAAGUUUGAAAGAAUGAGGUUUGGAGGGUUAACAUGUAAGCAAGAAGUUAUGUCUGGGCCCAACUCAAUUGCCUUCUUGAUGGAAGUGGUUUAACUGAAGGUGUAAACUGGUGUCAGGGAGGCAAGGAUGCUUUGCUUCUCUGGAGAAGCUUACAUUAUUUAUAAUGUGUGAUCGGGAAAAAUCAGUCAAGGUUAUGGCUUUUAAUCUCCGUAUGGGGAAAGAUUUGGUUUGUAAUAGUUUAUUUUUAUUUAUAAAUUAUUGUAACUUAGGAUCUUGUGUACUGUGCUCUAUUCUAACAAGUACUGGAAAUUUUAUAUAUCCCUUUGAAUUUAAACUAAUUAUGUUUAAAUAUUAAAGGAGAGACAAUAAAAAUUACAAAAGUGACACCUACAAUAUCUGAAAAAAAUUUAUAACACAGAAGAGAGAUUUCCUUCUGGAGGAACUGGUAUCUAACUCAGGUACUUUAUUUAAUUAAAUCAGAAUAGACUCUUCCCAUUAAUGGGUGAAAAAAGUGAUCAAACUGUUGCGUAGAAGAUGUAAAUCAUAAGAAAAUGUUGGUGCAGUGGUGGUAUACCAGUCUUUGUAGUUCUUUGAUGAUUUGUUAAUGGUUCAUACUCUAGGCAAAUUAGAAUUAUUUGGAUCGAAGUCAAUAAUUUUAAGAAUAUUAUUUCCUCUCCUAAAAGCAGAUCAACAUCUGUUAAGCAUUAAAUUAAGUCUGAGUAAUAAGAAGAAAUAGGUUUGGAAUUUCAUGAGACUGAAGAUACCAUUCCUGUGAAAGUAAUAAUAUUUAAGUCCUGUAUAGUGGAAAUUUUUGAAACUAAGUUUACCUUGCUUAAGGUUUAUGAAACAGCAUUAAGAAUUAAAUCUUGACAAAACACCUGAUCUGUAAAAAAUGUGAAUUAUUUUACAUUCUUCACCUAGGAGUACAUUGUGUGACAGUAGCUGAAUGUAAUUUCUGGAAGGUCAUUGAAUGUGCAUUCCAGAUUAUGGCAAUCAGGUCUUGGAUGUCCUUGUCACUCCCUUGUCAGCCAGUGAUUUUUACAUUACUGUAAUUUUCUAAGGUUAUUUUGUUGAUACUGUUACAACUUUUAAAAAGAAUGUCUCCUGUCUGCUGCUAUAACUAUUUACUUACCUGUAUCUUUUAGCUCAGGAAAUGACUUCACCUAUUCACUCAGUUGAACAAAUCUUUAACAGGGUCACUAAAUAAAUUGGGCUAUUUAGCAACUAUCAUACUAUAACAAAUUGCUUUUGUAAGAUGCAGAGUUUCUAAUACCUUGGUUUGGCUAGAAUUCUUUUAUAGAAGAUAUAUAUCAUGAUUAAACUACCAGCAUUGCAAAGUAAAGCCUAAAUAUUGUGGGAGGUGCAGAAAAAUAUGAUUGGAUUUUUCUGAAAGGAUUCAAAUAAUGUUAACAUCUAUUUUUUGCUUUCAAUAGAAAAAGGGUUUAAGGGGUAAAUCAAUUGAAUAAUGGUGCAUGUUAGAAGGAUGAAGUCCUUUACAUACUAAAGGUACAGUAUUGCUGAAGAACUGUCAUAUUACCUUUUGCUAAUUUGUUUGGUCUUUUUCUUUUUUUCUUAUUUUUUCUUUUUUUUUUGGUUUUUUUUCCCCUUUUGUUUUAAUGUAGUUGAAAACUGAGGCUAGUUGAUAAAUGUUUUAUACUUUAACAAAAUUCAAAACAUUUUUGUUGUUUCACUGGUUUUACUCCUGCUAUGUAUUUUUAUAAGAUACUGACUUUUAUUUUGUAUAGGGGUUUUGAGAUAGUAUUCCAAAUUAUAUAUUUCAUUUUUCUUUUAGUGCAGCUGAAAUAAUUGUAAGUUUUUAAUUAAACUGAUGUCAGAAACUGCAAUGUAAAACAGAAUUAAGAGACAGAAAUUUGAAAUAUAACUGAUUGGUAUGUAAAACAAUAUAGGAUUUUUUCUUGACUGUAAUACAGUGAGGAGUGUGGGAAAGUUGUCAGUUGUUGUAAAUGGUGGAAUUUAUUUGCUGUGUAACUAUGUAAAUGUUGAUUGGGAUUGCAGUCCCUUAUUUUGUAUAUUGGAGCAAAAAACUUCUAUUAAAUAAAGAUAUGUUCUCUAAAGAUA